UAUAUUCACCCAGUGCACCAUCAGAUGCUGUGUACAUACGCAUUUAUCCUGGUAGCUCAUUAAUUCAUCAUCAUUUAUUUUUUUAUACAGAUACCAGCAAUACACUACGUUGGUCAGCUUAGCACUGAGGAGAGGAAUAUGUGACAGUGGUUAAAUGUGGAAUUUGUAGCAUAUCCAGUAAUAGAUUCUGAAGUUUUGUCGAUAAAAGAGCGAGCGACUUAGCUCAGAAAACACCAUAUGUUACCGCGGAAGCUGAGAAUAAUUUUAUGUUACUAUACUAAGUGUGUGUGUAGCUUCCCGCCAAAAAAGACGAUCGUCUGGAAAAACAAGAAACUCGCGGUUGUGACAGAAUUGCGUGCAAUAACCUCUUAAGUAAGGAUUGUUCACUAUGAUCUGAUAAAAAGAAUAUGUCUCCCGACUAUUGUGUACGUUUCAAAUACUUCCAAAAUCUCGAAUCAUCAGGAAAAUUCAGCGCCUUCACUUCCAAUUCCAAUCCUGGCUGAGAUUUGUAUUUUCUACAUGGAAUUCCUUUAAAACUUGUUCCGUUUAAUGGACAUUUGCUGAUGACCUGGCUGUUUUUAGUGUCAUAUUUUGUUGUCUCCUUCUCCAAGUCAUCGGCCUACACUGUCUGCUGAACUAGCACCGACCAGGACCAGGAUUUACUUUGUUUUACGAUUACUUGUGGAUAAAAGAUAGUCGUUCCUAUUUUAAUCAGAGUAUUACCCAAUACGCCCUGGACGCAUCAAAUAUGAUAACUAUGCUAAACAAAUAGCAGCGGAAUGCAUAACAAAUAAUCAGGAAAAAGAAACGAAUAUUUGCUCUAAUUGCAGAUGUCUAUCACGGUGACAGCACGCAAGCGCGCUAGUGAUUCUGGUGUUUCAGUGAAAUAUACACCUUGUGCAAAAGCAGACGACAACACAGACGAGGAAAACGCGGAAGAGGAAUUAACUGUAAUAAACAAAGAGAAAAAACCGUUACCGAACGAUGAUCACAAAAACGAAAAGAUGGCCAACCAGACUGCAAAUGGACCACGCCAUCUUCCAUCAAACUCUGCUGUCGUUAAUUCCUCGGCUCCUCAUUCUAGGUGGCGUAUCGUGGGGGAUCGAAUGAGCUCCUCCAGCCUGACCGGUAGAAUCAGUUUAUCUUCGCCAGCCUAUUCCAAUAGAACUGUGGAGCAGAAAUCAAGGUCUACGUCCAAAAACAGUCUGCUGGAUCUUUUCGGCACGCGGUUAGACAGGAAGACUCGUUCAAAAAGUUUUGCCGCUCGCGGUGACCUACAACUGCUGAAAAAAGUUCGCUCAGGGGAUAUAAUCACACCGCGGGAACUACGAAAACAGCGGAAGAAAGACAUAGAAGAGAAAUUCGGCAAAAAGAGCCAUCGAACUGAUAAAUUCGAAACUCUUACAAAUUCAUCUGAUCGUGACGGAUGUAACUGGACCUUUGUGUUUGAUCCUUCCGGUCGCCUUGCCUAUUGGUGGUCGUCCAUCGUCAGUAUUGCGUUUCUGUACAAUUUUUGGGUGAUAAUUUAUCGUUUUGCUUUCCGCGAAGUGGACAGUGACAGCUUAGCGAUGUGGUUCACGCUUGAUUACACGGCGGAUUUACUUUAUAUUUUAGAUGUAGCCUUCCACUUCCGGACCGGGUAUCUGGAAGACGGUGUGUUACAGACAGACACGACCAAACUCCGUUUACAUUACACAAAUAGUACUAUCUUUUACAUUGAUUGUUUAUGCCUGUUACCGUUAGACUUUCUUUAUCUCUCCAUUGGAAUUUGCUCAAUUUUACGUUGUUUUCGACUUGUUAAGGUUUAUAGAUUCUGGACGUUUUUAGACCGAACUGAACGUCAUACAAAUUACCCAAACCUCAUGAGGACAGCAACCUUAAUGCAUUACUUGUUGGCUCUGUUUCACUGGAACGCUUGUUUGUAUUCUAUUGUUGCAACGAAACUUGACCCAGAUUCCAGAACAUGGGAGAUUCCGAAAGAUUCCGAUGACGUAUUUAGGACAUAUUUACAGGGGCUAUACUGGAGCACCUUAACACUGACUACGAUUGGCAAUUUGCCAAAUCCAGCAACCAAUCAGCAAUACUGUUUCAUUAUAUUUGAAAUGAUUUUUGGGCUUCUUCUUUUUGCUACCGUUUUGGGACAUAUUGCCAAUAUUGUAACCAACAUCAGUGCUGCCAGAAAAGACUUCCAAGGAAAGUUGGAUGGGGUGAAGACGUAUAUGUCCUUACGACGGGUACCUAUCCGGCUGCAAGACCGGGUCAUCAAGUGGUUCGACUACCUGUGGUACUGCAACAAAUCAACCGACGAGGAAAAAACUCUGGCCCUUCUACCAGACAAACUUAAGGCGGAAAUUGCCAUACACGUGCACCUAGACACUCUAAAACGGGUGGAAAUCUUCCAAAACACGGACGCCGGUUUUUUGUGUGAACUGGUGCUGCGCCUUAAACCCGUCCUCUUCUCGCCUGGGGAUUAUAUUUGUAGGAAAGGUGAGGUCGGCAAGGAAAUGUACAUUGUCAACAGAGGCAGGUUGCACGUGGUCGCCGACAACGGGAAAACGGUGCUUGCUACUCUUAAACCCGGAAGUUAUUUUGGGGAAAUCAGCAUUCUUAACAUGGGGACUUCCGGUAACCGACGGACAGCGUCAGUUCGUUCUGUAGGAUAUUCGGACCUAUUCCGACUCUCUAAACAGGAUCUCUGGGAUGUUUUGAAAGAAUAUCCUGCAGCCAGGGUGAAACUUGAAGCUAUAGCUGUUAAAAGGCUAGAGAAAACUAAAAAGAUCCCUAUUGAAAAAGCGCUGGCAAGAAGCAAGAGCACACCGGGGCUUGUAGAAUCAUCCGGGAAAAUUCCCUUAGAAGCCAUGAUGAUAACUCGUCACCAUACUCUUCCGGCUGGUCUUCCAAAACAGUCACCCUCAAGCGGUGACGAAGGGACUCAAGAUGAAAAUUCUUCAGAAACGGGUGAAAAUGCUCACGCUGAAAUUACUGCUGAACAAAACUCAAUACAGAUUGAAAAUUGUGACAUCACCAACGUGGGGACGAUGACGUCAUAUACGGGAGGCACCACCCCUACCCGGUCCAUUGGACACCCAGGCUAUAGUCCCCCGAUCUCACCCAGAAGUCUGUGCCAAACUCCAAACAUACCGACCAUCAGUGCGGCAACGCCUAUUCUUAGUAACGCCGGCGGAAGUCCCGCUCAGUUAUCGCCCCUGAGCUUUACCUACACUCAUACAUAUCCGUUUCAAAACCAUCCUCAACAAAUGAAUUUUUUGUCUCCAUAUUGUGUGUCAAAUACAAUGAAUCCUUUGUCUUCGCCCAGUCUUGCCACAAGUCGCUCGGAUAACCUUUCAUCGUCUCACAUCAACCUGUCCCCACAAAAUCACCCCCAGCCUGCUCUAGUUCCAGUAUCCCCUGGGUAUAACAUAUCGAACUAUGGCUCCGUGAGCCCACAAAGUUUUUCAUACGAUACACCCAAUGACGUUUUACUCAAAGAAAUCAACACGCUCCGAGAACGUUUGGUUUCCUUGGAAACAGAAAACGCCUCCAUGACGGCCAAAUUGCACAGACAGCAAUGGGACGUCGAACACAGACUCUCGGAACUCGAACUUCACAUGUGUCAGAGCUCGAGUCAGGCGAGUACGUCGAGUCAUGACGAGCGAUUCGAACCAGUCAACAGGGAAUCAAUCAUUUAAUACGAAACUAACGCUAUAAUGCCAAAUGCUUGCAUUCGACGAUCGACCUUAACACUUUAAGGAAAGUGCGUCAGGAUCUGCAGACCAUUGUCCAUUUUCAAUAUUUUUUAAUGAUGGAGAAGCGCAGUGGGGUGCCCGGAUCCAAUGAUACAAGAAAUAUUCCACAUAAUGGCUUUCCUAAGUGAGGCUUCUUGAAUUCCGUAUGACAGUUCAGAAAAUGUGUUCGAUUAUUUUUUAAGAGUUGUAGACAUCACAGUCUAUUGUAAAUCAUCAUGUUUAUAUUUUAACAUUCAGGGAGUUUGAUCAUCAACAUUUAUUAUUUUUCUUAUGUUGAAACAAUCGGCACACCUCGGCCGAUUCGUGCCUCAUCGGCAAUGAGGGCGACGAAAUGACAUCCGAGGUUUGCCAAAUGAUGUGGUAAAAAAACUCGUAGAUGUUCAGAUAUUUGUCGGCUGUUAAAGCAAACCAACAAACACGGAUAACAUUGUCAUCAAUAUUAACUUGCCUGUCCAUCUGUUACAUCUUGUGUUUUAUUAUCCUAUAAAAAAGAAAUUCGAUGUCUGCAAGAUUAUUAUAUUUUAUCUGUAAGAAUAUUUUAUUUUGUACUGUUCUAUUGUAGGAUUUGUAUAUGAAAACGAAACCUCUUCAGAAGAAAAACCACACUGCAGUUUUUAUUAUAUUUAAUGUUUAUAUCAAGGACACAAACACGUGCUCCCUGGAAACAUCUGGUUUUAUGUAAGACACGUGCUUAUUUUUUUGUUUUUGUUUUUAAUGUUUCCAAACGUAGUGUUACCAAAAUGCUACGCAUUUUAUUGACUGUCUUGGAUAUUUUUAAGGCUUUUUUUUUCUAUUUCUUAGGUUGACUCUGAUCGAUGAGUUAGCUCUGUUUAAGUUGAGAGGAAGCGUUGAUUACAACCAUAUCCCAAAGUUCAAUUGUUUAUACAGUGAACGUGCAUUUACAUUCCUUCCAUUGUAUCUUAAUAUGCAUUCCAUCUCUAUAGCUUUUAUUAUUACCUCUUUGAAAAUCAUUUCUUUUGUUUGAACUUUAUGGAAGGUUUGGGACCAAAAAAAGUAUUGUUCAGUGAUUGUUAAGAAAUGGCACUUAUAUGUUUAUUUUAUUUAUACUAUCAGCGGCAGGUUUUUAAGCAUAAUUUUUUUUAUAGUUGAUAUGCAUAUCGUUCAGGCAUAUGAUGGGGGGGGCACUUAUUCACAAAUAUUAGUUUUAACUGUUAUUUUAAUGAGAAUGGCCAGUUGACCCACAAGCACACACUUUUUUGUUAAAGUAUAGACAACUCGACCCAUGAUGUAAAGUAUGUAUAAGAUUUCUUUAUCGCUUUCAAAAAAGAGAAGAUAAAUAUAAUGAUAUCUGAGACAAAACCUUUUUUAUCUUCAAUUGUUAUUUUAGGCUUUUAAUUAAACAAAUGGUGUACAUGUAUAUUUUGAAAAAAGCAAAAAUGCACUUUUGGUUUUUUUCCCACAAACACGUAACGGCUAUAAUUUUUUACAAGUUACUCUUCAUUAUACUCCGGCAUAAUUCCAUAAAUAUUCACGGUAGCUCAUUGUACAUAAUCUAGUUCAUUAAAUUUCAUUAAAUACUAUGAAUUAAGUUCGCAUAAAAAGCAAUAAUGAAACUUAUGAGUUAGUUAUUUGUCUUUUUUUUUAAAAAUUACUUUCAAUAAUAUCAAUUCAUAAAAUGUGAAUGAAGUGGGUUACGAUCAUGUAUAUACCCUCUCAGUUUCAAAAGAAAAUUCAUAUAUAGUUUUUUUUAAAUUUUUUUUUAUUAAUGAGUAUCACUGUUAAAGUUCACUGAUACUCUGAUAAGAAAGAUAACUCUUAAUGACAUAGCUAUAUCUUUUAAUACUUUUGUCAAGUUGAACUGUCUUUAUUGUCUAAUUUCUCCCCGCAACCUUGCUACAUGUAUAUUGUUUUACACUGUAUAUUACUUAUAAUUUAUAAAAUAUAUUAAGAAAAUUGCUAAGGCAAAAUUUUAGAUGAGUGAGCAGAGUGUUUAUGAACCUUACGUCAUGAAAAAAAAUCGUGUUCUCUAAUAUUGAAAUAAUUACUGUUCAGUCAAUAUUCUGUUACUUUGUAAAAAUGUUUAAUAUGAUAGUACAUGUUGAGAUCUAAUUGAAAAUAUGUUGGGUGGUUCUGUUGAAAUUCUAAGAUCCACCACCUUUGUUGGUUGCAUGCUCUGCUGAAAUUCUGAGAUCCACCACUUAUCCUGGGUGGAGGUUCUGCUGAAAUCAUGCCAUCGAUUGCCAUCGUAUUUUUAUAAUAUUAAAUCAUGUAUUAUUAUCUUGUGUAUCACAUUUGAAUUUGUUAAUAAAAAUAUAUAUCUUACAA